CUUCUGCGCUUGCCGUAUGCCAGGAACAUGACGUCCACCUGCCGUGGCUUCACUAUACUGUACUUCAGAUCCAAGAAUAGCCGAACGGUCUUGCCUCGUUUUUGCGACGUGCAGUUUCCAGUGGCCGCACGUGAACGGGUGUAUUGUUCGACCGCCUCGUACUCUGCUUGUGGAUGGUCAAGUGAUAGACGACAUUGUUCCGUUCCUAGGUUCGGAACAUCCUCUGGCGUCUCCUGUUAGCAGCGUGUCUGGACCAGCUGCCUACGACUCCCCGCGGCCAGCAACGAUGAUCUCAUUCAACUCGUUCGCAGUUCUGAAUGCGAGGUAUAUAAAGUGCUUGCUCUGGGUCAGCAAUCCCUCAGGCUCAGCCCGUCUAUCCAGUCGUCCAAGCCAAGCUCACAAUGAUCGCAACUGCCCUCUUCGCUGCCGCUGCUGCCCUCGGCGUCUCCGCUGCUCCCCUCCAGGAGCGUUCCACUGUCCUGACUGGCCAGUACACCUGCGCGACCAGCGGUGACUACACCCUCUGCCAGAACCAGUGGGGCUCCGCCAAUGGUGUCGGUUCGCAGAACUCGACCCUUGUGUCCACCAGCGGUACCGAUAUCGCCUGGACCACGACCUACACCUGGGCUAACAACCCGAAUGACGUGAAGACCUAUGCCAACGUCCUGAACAACAACGUCAAUGGUGUUACGCUCAGCUCUGUUACCAGCCUUCCCACUACCUGGGACUGGUCGUACACCAGCGAGUCCAGCGGUCUCCGCGCUGAUGUCUCAUACGACAUGUGGCUGGGCACCUCCUCCACUGGCACCGCUACUUCCUCCACCUCCGAGUACGAGAUCAUGGUCUGGCUAAGCGGUCUCGGCGGCAUCCAACCCGUCGGCUCCCUCCUGACCAGCAACAUCGAGAUUGACGGCUACACGUGGAACCUCUGGUCCGGCCCCAAUUCGAACUGGGAGGUGUACUCCUUCAUCCCAGCGACUUCCGGCACCUCGAUCACUAGCUUCAACACCAACCUCCUGCCCUUCUUCACUUACCUUGUGGACAACGAGGGCGUCUCCACCAGCCUGUACCUGAAUGCUAUCCAGACUGGUACUGAGGCGUUUACUGGCACUGCCUCCCUCGACACCACCACCUUCUCCGUCCAGCUCAACUGA